AUGCCUUCGAUACCGACAGAGUCAAAAGAAACCCCUCGAAAUCGUAAAGGCUUCAAUGCUCGUUGCCUCGAUACAUGGCUUGUGGAAACAAUCGCCGUUUUGUUCAGUGUUGCUUGUUUUCUCGCGAUAUGUGGCAUACUUAUAGCCUACAAUGGCAAACCUCGACCUGAUCUUCGAUAUGGCAUGUCAUUGAACGCCAUCAUCUCUGUGCUUGCGACCGGUUGUAAAUCAUCAUUGCUAUUCACGAUCGGCGAAGCCCUUGGCCAACUUAAAUGGGUGUGGUUUCGAGGCAAGGCGAGGCCACUGGUCCAAUUGCAGACCUUUGAUAGUGCUAGUCGAGGACCUUUUGGUUCGAUCGUUUUGUUAUUCCAGAGGGGACAUUGGGUUGCCUCGUUUGGUGCAGGAAUUGUCAUCGUUUUUCUGUCGUUCGAUCCGUUCAUGCAACAGAUCGUAGGAUAUCCCAUACAACAGGCGGCUAUGGGCGAUGGAACAGGCGUAGCUACAACCAAGAGGUUGAAGCACUUCACGCCAAUCCAGGAUGAUAUGCAAUGGGCAUCAGCGUAUUCAUCAGGAGUCUGGUCGGACGAUAAUUUGUUCCAUCCAAAUUGCCCAACCGGGAAUUGUACCUGGUCUCCAUUCAAGUCUCUCAGCCUAUGCACUAAAUGUGGUGAUAUCACGACUGAAACAGCGUUUUCUUGCCAUAGAAAACACAACGAAACCUAUUCGGAUAACAAGCGCGAACAUUUCAAUGCAACAUGCUCUGUCAAAAUUCCGCAUGGAGACUCAACUGUCAUGGAUUCUCAGUUCUUCAUAUCAAAAGACUCUCCUAGGGUUAAGUUCGGACAAAAUAUUACCUGGCAUGUCCACUCUGCAUGUGAUGAGACAGACCUGGGUGUUGUAUCGGAUAAGCGCGUCGACAAUUUAACUUUUGCGGGGGUGACUAACCCUUUGAUGGUAUAUGCAUACGCUCAAGUCGGAUAUGAUAUCCAUUCCGUUAAUGCGUCGGAUCCUAUCAGCGGUUUCAGGCUUCGCAAUGUGACUGAGUGUAGUCUAGCAAUCUGCCUCAGUGAUUGGAAUGUUUCUGUCAGCGAUGGAAAUCCCACCAUCAAAACCUCAAAUGUCGACUAUGGAGUUAUGUUCUGGAGAAAUUUUACAGUUCCGAAAUGGGAGCCACCUUGGCUGAAAGCUUUGUGUUGGAGGCCGGCCUCGAGUCCUGCUGACAUUCUCAUGGAAUCACCGUUUUAUGGGAACGGGUCGUGGAAUUUACCUGCAUUAAGUCCCGUUGAAUUUGCCUUCUGUGGUGUCAACACCAUCCAAGUGAUGCAAAAAAAACUUCUCGCUGGUUCAGCUCCCAUCUCAGACCAAUGGAUGAUGGGCAUGGAGGGUCACUGGAUGCCCCCGGAAUCUGACCCUUCUACCAAGAGAAUCGCCAGCAUCGGUCUUGAUAAGGUUAUGUCUGGUGUUGCGGAUUCACUGAACAAGAUGACACUACAGGGGAGUGGGGAAAACGUCCAUGGAACCGCGUACACAGCCACAGUUUAUGUCGAGGUACAUUGGCCUUGGCUUGUACUGCCAGGCCUCCUGGUGCUCUCAGGCAUCAUCUUCUUUGUUCUCGCCGUAUUUGCCCAGAAUGAUGCUUUGCUAUGGAAAUCUUCGGUCUUUGCAUUCUUGUUUCAUGGUGUAGGGGAUGUCGAAACCGAUUGUACAACUGUCAGUGAGAUGGAAAGAGAGGCUUCCGGCAUGAGUGUACAACUUCGUCUUUCCGAAGCAAAAGGGAAAUUGAAGCUGGAAUAA